AUGACAAAGACUGCAGAUCCUCACGACGAAUACGAAUUCCUAGGACAGAUUGGCGACGGAUCCUUUGGGUCUGUUCAUCGUGCCAAAAACAAAGAAUCUCAACACAUUGUUGCAGUCAAAGUGAUGAAGAAAAAAUUCAGUGAUUCCUCCGAAUGCAACGAUCUUCGAGAAAUCAAGCUCCUCAGCCAAAUGCCAGCUCAUCCCAACAUUGUCCAGCUCUAUGACAGCUUUCUUUCACCAGUCAAUGACCUUUACUUUGUUAUGGAGUUUAUGGAUCAGGGUAAUCUCUAUCAACUGAUCAAGACACGACGAGAACAAGAUUCGACGAUUUCCAACGAUGAAAUCAAGGAUAUUGUGCGACAGGUAUUAUCUGCACUUGCUCAUAUCCACCAACAUAACAUCUUCCAUCGAGACAUGAAACCAGAAAACCUAUUGAUUGGAUCGAGCACAUCCGGUCCCAUCAUCAAACUCGCUGACUUUGGUCUAGCGCGAGAAUUGAAUAGCAAACCACCUUACACAGACUAUGUCAGCACAAGAUGGUACAGAGCUCCCGAAGUACUCUUACGCUCACCAGUCUAUGCUGCUUCUGUGGAUCUUUGGGCUGUAGGUGCCAUUAUUGCCGAACUUAUCACUUUACAGCCGCUUUUCCCUGGCCAAUCGGAGAUUGACCAAUUAUACCGCAUUUGUCAAGUGAUGGGAAGUCCUGGAAAAAAAACCUUUAUUCGCAAAAGAGCCAGACCUGAAAAACGGGUCAGUCCUGGAUUCGCAAGAAAAAAGCCUUCACUGUUACCAAAACCUCUGGAGACCGUUAUCCCUUGCGACUCUGAACAACUACUCGACCUGGUUCGUCAGUGUCUAAUCUUUACCCCAGAACUUCGUACAACUGCACAGGAUGCACUAAAGCACCCAUUUAUUUCCGACGUUGAC